AUGGGUAACAAUGAUACAGAGGAGGCUAUUCAAUGUUGGGUCUGCAAGAAGUUUUUUGACUAUCCUUGCUCAGGAAUAACUGAAAUAGGCUACCGCAAGCUGGGUGAUCGACAAGCUACUUGGAAAUGUGCGACAUGCAAACAUGUUCAAGGCGCGAAAAAACAGCCGGGUUCGCCAGUUCCUUCCCCGACAUCUCUGUCAAUGGAUACUGUCAUGGCGGAGCUAACUAAGCUGUCACUCCAGUUGCAGCCCCUUCCAGAACUUUUCAAGGAUAUUCAUUGCAUUAAAUCGGAUAUGGCUGCACUUUCGACUUCCACUCAGGAAUUGAUCAGUAGAAUCGAUAGACUGGAAAAAAGGAUUGAUAAUAUUGAGUCUGUAAGUGACGCCAUGCCUGAGUUGAGGGUUGCCAUAACUCAACUUCAAGAGCAGAUAGAUGAGCAGGAUCAGUGGCUUCGAUAUAAUAAUAUUGAGAUAAAAGGUGUACCUGUAAAGCACAAUGAAAACCUUAAGGAGAAAAAUUACCGUUUUGUGUGGGUGAAGCACUCCAAACUAUUUUUGAGAAAAAACGAAACGUCCCCCGUCUUAAGUAUCAAAGCAGAGAAAGAUUUGACGAAAGUAAAAUAAAGUUAGUAACUAAAAUAACAUUUAUUAGAAGUAUAUACCUAGAAAUAAACUUUAAUCUUAACCUCAUACCUCUUCGUACCGCAAGGUUGGGAAGCACUGGCGUUCUUAUCUCGCUCCUUUGUUCGAUGGGCGCAAGCUAUUCAUUUGUAAUUCCGAGCGCCUCCGUAGUUUUUGCAAUGAAUAUUGCUAAGUUUGAACGGUGUUAUGAUAAUUUAUAUUAUUUCUACUUACGUUAUGUAAUUCAUUCGAAAAUAUUGUUUUUUCUUAACCGAGUAUUAUUUACUGUUUGCAUUGGUUACAUUUUAAUUUUAUACACUGUUUACCAUAUUCAGGGCAUUUGGAAACUAGUUGCGUAUAUUAUUGCUAUUAGAAGACGUCGAUUUCUAUUACACUAUUUUAUAGUUGUUAAUGGAUUACUAUUAAGGUACACUGCAGAAUUAAGAAGUGCACUUAAGUAUGAUAAUACAAACAGUAGUUGGUGUAAGUUUCUCCAUUGUUUAUGUUUAAAUACAACGUUUUUUACAAGAAACGGACCUACUAUUUCUAUUAAUUUCAACAUAUUGUCAUUGAUAACCUAUGUUGGUGUUGCAACUAAGUCGUGUGUAUUUGGAAGGCUGCAGUAUUCUUAUUAUUGUGUAUUAAUUACUAUGGUCUAUAAGUGGAUUACUUUUAGGCUUAUUUGGUUUUUUUAUAGUUAUUGUGUGCAGUGUUCAC